AUGGGGUUCGCUAUCAUCGGAUUGGGUGUGCUGGCUGGUGGACCCGGAGGUGGCGGCAUCCUGGGCAAUGGCAGGGAGUUGCACUGGACUGGCACAUGGAUCUAUGCUGGUGUCACAUGCCUAGCUGCUUCCGCCAUCUUUGCCGCGGUCAGAUUCAUGACCGGAAGCGCCAAGCUGAGGGUCAAGGUAUGA